AUGGCAGAUGGGAAGGCAGCAGCAGCCACUUGCUUUGGGCUGGCAGCAAAGAGAAUUCGCAAAGUGUUCAGGCAUUUGCCCAAGUCCAAGUCUUGGUCUGAGGGAUUCCAGCUGCUGAGGAGGCCGAGCAGGGAGGUCCUGCUGGUUGGAGACUGCAGGUACACGUGCCACCAGGAAUGCCGCAGCCUCACCCAGCUGGACUGUCCCCGGCCAGGCCAGGAGCAGCUCUCACCCCAGGGCACCCUCCUGCCACCCUGCAGCCAGAAUGUAACACGAGCAGUAGAAGAGGAGAAACAUGAGCCCCCGACCAUCCAGGAGAUCAAGCAGAAAAUUGAAAAGUACAAUGCAAGAGUUACCAACUGCCUGCUGAUGAAGCUGAACGAUGAUGGGACCUACACGGGGUUCAUUAAAGUGCAUCUGAAGCUGCGUCGUCCCGUGACGGUCCCGGCCGGGAUCCGGCCACAGUCCAUCUACGAUGCCCUCAAGGAGGUGAACUUGGCCAGCAUGACGGACAAGAGAACCUCCUUCUACCUGCCCCUCGAUGCCAUCAAGCAGCUCCACAUCAGCAGCACGACCACAGUGAGCGAGGUGAUCCAGGGGCUCCUGAAGAAGUUCAUGGUGGUGGAUAAUCCCCAGAAGUUUGCACUUUUCAAGGAGAUGCGGAAGGAUGGGCAAGUGCUGCUCCAGAAGCUGCCCCUCACCGAGUACCCCCUGUUCCUGCGCCUGCUGGCAGGUCCUGACACCGACGUGCUCAGUUUCGUGCUGAAGGAGAACGAAACCGGGGAAGUUGAGUGGGAUGCAUUUUCCAUCCCAGAGCUACAGAACUUCCUGAUGAUCCUGGACAAAGAAGAAAAGGAAAAAAUCCAGCAAGUGCAAAGGAAGUAUGAGAAGUUUAAACAGAGACUGCAGCAGACCUUGAAAGAAGCCAGAGGCAAACCUGGAUAG